AUGGCGGCACCGAGAAGAAGCACCAGAAUUCGAGAUAUCGACCUCGGGGCCACUGCAGAGUCUGACAAGCCUGCGGUAGUACCGGCGCCAGCUGGGGUGAGUAAGAAGCGCAAGGUCUCAAGUGAAGAUGCGCAAGAGGCCACCGAGCCAAAGAGAAAAAUAGCAGCUAGAACGAAGAAAGUUCCAGUGAAAGAGAAAGAGAAAGAAACGACAAAGGCUGAGGCCAAUGCCAAAGACGCAGCUGCAGAGCUGAGUGUGGAUAAUCCCGUAGAACAACACGACCAUGUCCCAGAUGACGCCUUAUCAGUGCUUCCUGCAGAGAUUCUGGAGACAAUUCUUGAAAAUGUCAACCACCCGCCAAGCAUGGUGAAGCUCGCCUGCACCUCCAAGAGACACUACUCCAUCGUCAUGCCCGUUCUCCACAAGCGUAUCUCAGUGUCCAUAGGCUUCUGGCAACACAUCCCCCAUCUCAUCCGGCAGAUCGAGCCGCAUCUCAGCAUCGCUCAGAAAAAGCAGCUCAAGAGAGAGGGCAAGUAUAAGGGCCAGCAAGAGAAAUUCUCGACACUCCUUGAUCCGUUGGCUGUCCCGCCUUGUGCAGACUAUGUCCGUCAGGUGGUCAUUGGUGGGAUUGAUCCUGGGAAGAAGCAUAAGCCAGUCGUCAUGAGAUAUGUGGAGGAGGUGCUGAAGAAUGUUUCCAAUUUGGAGGUGAUUGAUGCCUGUGAGCUUACCAAAUCCAUGUCGGAAAGUAUUGCCGCAAAGAAGAACCUUAAAGCCUUGCGACUAUGUGUCGUUCCUGGCGGCUCCAGCGAUUUGAUAGACCAGGCUGCUCCCCUCGCUGAGCUCAGCAAUCUCGAGCAUAUUAGUAUCAUCGACAUAUCAUGGGGUAGCCUGGUCACCACCAGCGAGAACAUCCUUCGAUCAAUGCUUCUGAACUCGUUAUCGACCCUCAAGAGUCUGGAGGUUAGCACCAGCAAAUGGCAUUCCAGUUUUCUACCAGACUGGAAAGAUCAGAUUAAGGCCCGCAAUCCAGAUGCCAUGGAACAAGCACAUGACCUGACGGCAUUGAAGUCGCUCUCGCUGUCAGGUGUCGCAUUCGCAGGAGAAUUUUGUGAGAGUGUGAUGCCCAGUCUGACAAGGGCAAUCGACUUUCUCCAAUUGAGAGAACUGACGCUGAAAGACUUGAGUGAAGGGAAAGUCACCUUCUUCAAAUACCUGGAGGACUUGUUCCGUGGAGCUGACAAGGGCACUGUCCAACUGCGGAAGCUAUCCCUUGACAUGUCCGGGGACGAUGAUUCUCAAAGCUAUGGUACCACGGAGUAUCAAGUGGAGGGCAUAUACCGCUUCGUCGCUUCCUUCGAUACCCUGACCACACUGGAAUUCGCCGAACACAACAUAUACAACAGCGCUGUGGAAUCUAACCCCGGUUUGUCGAGGAGGCUAUUACAAGUGGUCCUGAACCAUAAAGAAUUAGAGACGCUGCGCUUCUCCUAUCGGGGAAGUGGAAGUGGAAGCCAUCGCACUCCUCAUGUCAAUGCCAAGACUGUGCAGAUUCUUAUGAAGAACCUGGUCAAUCUCCACACCUUCGAGUUUGCGCCUGAUGAGGAUGAUCUUGAUGCCAUGUCACGAGCUCUCGCACGAGGCAAGAACCUUGAAACGAUAAUUGUCUCAUCCUUCCCCAGCGAAAGCCGGCGUGCUGAGGAUUCCACCCCGUGGAUAACAAUCACAAACAAGUUGUUGACGGGGCUUAUGGAAAAUGCCGGGAGUGGCAAUGGUUUUGUGUGGGAGAACUUUUACAAGUUGAACCGGAUGAAGACGGUUUGGCAUGAAUGCGUUAUAGGGUCAGACCUGAAACGACAGCGAAAUUUAGCGUAUAAGCCGACGAAAAUCACUCAGGGGGACCGCACGGUUAUGUGCCAGGAUUUAUUGGGGAAGCCAAAUAAUAAGCAACAUUACUACAAGGCUUUCGACGAUUGGGUAGAACACAUCGCCAGAUACAAGUAUUAG